UGAGGGUAGCCGAGUCUCCCGCGCCCUACCACGCUUGCUGGAGUUGCUGCUAAGACGCUUGUUCCGAGCCCUGGCUGCCAAUAAAGUUCGUUAAAAAAAUCAUAGUCAUUCUUAAAAGAGCGAAGGAGGGCGCGAGCCAGCCGGGCGGCCCCGCCGGGGGAGCUGGCGCCCUGGGAGGAGGAGGAGGAGGAGGUGGUUUUGGCGGUGGCGGCGGCGGUGGCAGCGGUUGCGCCGCGACCAGGAGGAGCCGGUCGUGCCGGGCGGCGAGUCCGCGGCGGGCGGGGGACGAUUUGAGAAGAUCUGAUCACCUGGAUUAAAGUUGGUUCAGAAGCCUUUUCAACUGCAAAAAUGUUGGAGGAAGAUAUGGAAGUGGCCAUCAAGAUGGUGGUUGUAGGGAAUGGAGCAGUUGGAAAAUCAAGUAUGAUUCAGCGAUAUUGCAAAGGCAUUUUUACAAAAGACUACAAGAAAACCAUCGGAGUUGAUUUUUUGGAGCGACAGAUCCAAGUUAAUGAUGAAGAUGUCAGACUGAUGUUGUGGGACACAGCAGGCCAAGAGGAAUUCGAUGCAAUAACAAAGGCCUACUAUCGAGGAGCCCAGGCUUGUGUGCUCGUGUUUUCUACCACAGAUAGGGAAUCUUUUGAAGCCAUUCCCAGCUGGAGAGAGAAAGUAGUAGCUGAAGUUGGAGACAUACCAUCUGUACUUGUGCAGAACAAGAUUGACCUCUUGGAUGAUUCUUGUAUAAAGAAUGAGGAAGCUGAGGCACUGGCAAAAAAGUUAAAGCUAAGAUUCUACAGAACAUCGGUGAAAGAAGAUCUGAAUGUGACUGAAGUUUUUAAAUAUUUGGCUGAAAAAUAUCUUCAAAAACUCAAACAGCAAAUAGCUGAGGAUCCAGAAUUAAUGCAUUCAAGUAGUAACAAAAUUGGUGUCUUUAAUACAUCUAUUGGAAGUCACUCGGGUCAAAAUUCAAGUACCCUUAAUGGUGGAGAUGUCAUCAAUCUUAGACCCAACAAACAGAGGACCAAGAAAAACAGAAAUCCUUUUAGCAGCUGUAGCAUACCCUAAAACAUUUUAGGGAGGAAAAAAAUUGAAUUCUAUUGUGCAAUUCAUUAAGAAAUACAUCCAGCUGUCAUGGUAUGUUACAAGUUUUUUUUUUUUUUUUUUUUUUUUUUUUUUUUAUAGCAGACUUUGCACCUAAUGGCUCUGUGAAAGUUGACAGACUUAAAUAUUGUUCUGCAGUGCUUUUCAGAUGGAGUGAGAUCUUUGGUGGAAAAAUUACUGCCUUGUGGACUCAUUUUAAUUUUUUUUACAUCAGACGAAGCUUCUCCUGUUUUUGAAGGAAUGCUGUAAGAAAUGUCAAAAACAGGUUUUGCUGAAUUUUAAGUGCUGGAAAGCAUAAAUGGAAUGCCUGAAUAUAUUGGUGCAGAUUUUAAUAUUAUUGGUCCAGGAAAGAUAGCAAGCAUUGUAUGUCUGAAAUUGGUCAUAUAGCUUUUCUGGAAAGUAGUAUUGAGUCCAAAUACAUACAAAAAGAUAAUACUGAAUGGUAAACCCUAAGUCUUGCCAGACUGCAUGGGUGUGUAUUUUGGCAAUGUUACUUGAGUGCAAUAUCUGUAUGAUGUAGAAUGUGGAGAUCUGCAUGCAGAUAUCUGGUACUGAAGUAUACUGAAGGGAUGUUCAGUAUGUAAGGAAACAUAGAAUCUAAUUCAUGCAUUCAUAAAAUCAUUUACACAUUGUGUGUAUGUUAAAAGUUUUUAUUUUCAAGUAGGAAAUUCCACACAUAUAUUUUGAAAAAUGAGCUCAGAUUUUAAAAGUGCUUUGUGCCAAAAAUAUCAUACCUAAUUUUUACAGUGCUUUACUAUCAGAAUUUAUAUUGUUUAUAAUAUCUUUAAAAAGCAGUUUUCCUCUCUGACAGGGUAGAUAAAAGAGGAGUAUAAACAUUUUAAUGCUAGAGUAUCUCCCAGGUGAGACUUGUUGCAAACUCUUUCUCCCAUGUGCACCCAUGAGCAGGGGAGCUUGUGCCGGCUGAGCCCUUCCAAAGGUCCAGCGCCCCUGUGGUCGUUCCUGGGGUCCUGUGAAGUGUGCUGGUGCACCUGGCACCUUUUGCUGCUGAGUGAAAAUGCAAUUUUGAACCUGUAAGAUUAUGCUAAUGAUUUUUUUAAAUGCAGAAGAGACGUUCUUUUGUCUUAAUCUGCAUUGCGGAUUUUAUAAUGCCCUGCAACUCUAAAGCAUCUUUUCAUUUACACAUUUUUUGUAUGGUAUUUUAAGAUUAUCACUUAAAAAUUUCUAUAAACUUCAGUUUGUAUAGCACUUUCUCGAGAGCUCUGUCAGCACCAAAUGCAAAAUAAUUUCUUUUAAGAACUGAUUUUCAUAUGUAAUCAUGUGGCAGAGCAUACAUUUUGUGACUUGGGACAGUAACUUUCCAACUAAGAUAAUUGCAUGAACUCUGUUAAAAAGUGAUUAUCAUUCAUCAGUGACUUUGUUUUUAACCCCUUGCUAUAUACCUGGUUUUUACAGGAUUUCAAAACCUGUAAAAAUAACUUUUCUUGGAAAAUGUGUCAUAAAAGUUGUUUUUCAUUAUUUGUACUAAAUGCAUAAUGUAUGUAUUUCCUCUGUAUGUUUUCUCUCUCUCUCUUUAAGUCUUCCAUCUGCACCAUCCUCAUCCCUCUGUCCAGAUUCAUGUUGAGAAAAUAAUAGAAUUUUCUGGGGCAUGUCCUUGCUAAAUGGUCAAGAGUGAAUGUUUGCUUUUCAUAAUAUUGAAACAAUCUGGCAUUAUCUGUUUUAAAGUAAUAUAAAAUGUUCAUUUUUCUGUCACCUGUUGCCUCCACUCCCAUUGCUGGCAGUGGGUUAGGUGUUGGGGGGAAACAACUCCAUUCCUAACAAUGGGUACCUGUUAAUGAUUCCUCUUUCCUUUUCUCCUCUGUUCAAAUACAGUGUCUUUAAUUUUUGCACAAAACAUGCUUCACGGCGAAUAGUUUUGUGGUCUUUAGUAGCCAAAAAAAAAAAAAAAAUGUUAUGUAAUAUGUUGUAGUUCUAUUUCAUAUUAAUUAAAUGUAUGUGGGGAAGAGAUUGCUACUUUUCUAUAUAAAAAAGAUAAUCACUGUUGAUGGUUGAAGUUCCCUGAUAUUUGUAAUACAAUGUUAUGUAUUUAGUUUUGUCCUUUUUUCUUUUUAUAGGAACUGAAGAGAGAUCUUUUGUUAUACAUUUGAAUUUUUAUUUGCACUUGUGUAUUUUAAACCUAACCAUAAUUGGUCAUUUUAAAUAACGAAGUAAGUCUGAAAAUCAGUCACAGGUGAUAUGUUAAGUACUUUCUGAGUUUAAUUCUAAAACCUCCAAAAUUGACGUUAAAUUCCCCCUACCCCCUGCCCCAGACCCUUAAUUCUUUUAAAUUACUUUACUGUUAAUUUGUAAUGAAUAAUGGAUACGAAAGAAAACACUGUGUAAGAUGUUGUUUGUGCAGUUUGUGCCCUCCCGUACUUUGCUACAUGCUGGCUGGGGUUUAGUAUCCAGGGAGAGCUGUGAGGUAGCUGCCAUAUUGCCUGGCCCCCCGGCUCUCCUUUCCUCUCUCAGUCCGCCUAGCGAAUUAAAUAGCUCACGCUGUAGCCCAGAUAAGGCAGUAUCUGGUUGACCCUUGAACAACGCCAGUUUGAGCUACACGGGUCCACUUAUAUGUGGAUUUUUUAUAGCACUGUAAAUGUAUUUUCUCUUCCUUAUGGUUUUCUUAAUGACAUUUUCUUUUCUCUGGCUUACUUUAUGGUAAGAAUACAGUAUAUAAUACAUACAACAUACAGAAUAUUUGUUAAUGGACAGCUUAUGUUAUCGGUAGGCUCUUAGUUAAGUUUUGGGGGAGUCAAAAGUUAUACUUGGAUUUUCCACUGUGCGGGGGGUCGGUGCCCCUAAUCCCUGCGUUGUUCAAGGAUCAACUGUAUUUUAGCAUUAUUAGUGCCAUAAGAUGGAAUUCAGUGCCAUUGAUUUAGUACUGUCAGGUGGGAACUGUACAAAGUACCUUGCAAACAAUAAUUUAAGCUUUACAACAAUUCUGUGGAGGUGAGUAUUAUUAUUCUUUCCCUUCCUUUUUGAAAGAGGAGGAGAAUGAAGAACUGAGAUAAGUUUGUCAAAGUCACAUAUUCGAUAGCGACAAAGCCAUUUUCUAUCCCAUUUUGUAACUAUUAUGUUUAUGCAGCCCAGACAUAAAAAGAUGUGCUAUCUUCCAUUAUACUUUACAGCCUAAUAUAUAUGAGUGGAUUUGAUACUGCUUUAUAUAUGCAGUUAUAUUUUAUGGAGGAAUUACUACUGCUAAGAACAUUUUCAGCUUACAAAUGUUCUAAUGUAAUAUUGAUUUCUUAUUCGAUGCAUUUGUUUUAAAGAGAGAAUUAAAAUAAUAAAGAAUAACUAUUUUUCAAUCAAAAGUCUAAUUUCUCAUCUAAAAUUACAGGGAGGGAAGUAUCCCAAAAGACUGAUUUAAUCAUAUUUUAGUGUAUAUUUGAUAGCUUCAUCCAAAAAAUUAAUUAAAAAUAUGAAGAAAAGCUUUUGAAUUGGGAUUAUGUACAUAAAAAAAGGAAAUAAGUUAACCAUUCUCAAGUAUGUUAUGAAAGGCUUAUUGUAAAGAGAAUUCUGACCAGCCAUUUUUUAUUAAAGAUCAAAGUUGAAGGAUUUAGCUUGGUUAUAUUGAUUAUUAAAUGCUGCAGUCAUUUAAUGAAGUAACUUAAGCAAUCUUCAUAAAUGAAAAUUUUAAAUAAAAAAAUAGGGGUGCCUGGCUGGCCCACUCAGUAGAACAUGCAACUCUUGAUCUCGGAGUUGUAAAUUUGAUUCCCACUUUGGGUGUAGAGAAUACUUAAAAAUAAAAUCUUUAAAAAAAAAAAGGUUUGUUAUCCAUGCUGAAUGCCAACUUGGAUGCAGAAGUUGUCAUAAAAAGGUUUUUUAUUUUCCCAAUUCUUCUAUCUCAUAGAAUUCAGCUUUUCAUAUAUUCAAGUGACAGAUUCACUUAAAUAUAUUUCUGUUGUUUUUAAUUGUUUAAGAGAAAUCAAAGGCUGAAUUUGCUUUCCCCUUGGUUUUUGUAUUGUAUGUAUGACUCCUCUAUAAUUCUUAUAUUCUAUCUUUGUGUUAUUACUAAAUGUGUACAUAUUUCAUCUCUUCUAAUUAAAAUGUUACUCAAGUUUUUCUACUUUCAAAAUUGUAAUGAGAAUACUUUGCUCUUCUAUUAGAUUGUAAGAAAAAACAUGUCAUACCAAUCUUGAAAUUUCCUAGUAUGGCUUUUACACAGAUUUAUAAAUCACACUAAUUAGAGCAGAUUAUAAACAAACAAAAUUUAAAUGUGUGAUACUUAUUGCUGAGAGAAAUUAAAGGAGAUUUAAAUAAAUGGAUAUAUUAUGUACAUGA